CCGGACUUCACAAAGAAGGGACAAGUACAAUAAUCAUGGCGCGGGCUGGAAAGGCUGCUAUGGUGCUAUGCCUAGAUGUUGGAUUCACUAUGAGUAACUCUCCACCAGGUGCUGAGCAGCAAUUUGUGCAGGCCAAGAAGCUCAUUGAAGUUUUUGUGCAAAGACAAGUGUUUUCUGAAAGCAAAGAUGAACUUGCUGUGGUGCUGUUUGGGUCUGAUAGGACUAGGAAUUCUUUGGCCACAGAUGGUCAAUAUCAGAAUAUCUUUGUGAUGAGAAAUCUUAUGCUACCAGACAUUGAACUUUUAGAAGAAAUUCAGAAUUUGGUUCAGCCAGAAUCCCAGCAAGCUGACAUUCUUGAUGCAUUGGUUGUUUGUAUGGAUCUAUUGCAAAAUGAGAUAUGCGGAAAAAAGUAUCAAAAGCUGCAAAUAGCAAUGUUUACUGACCUCUGCAGUUCAUUUAAUUCAGACCAGCUUGACGUCAUUAUAGCCAAUUUGAAGAAGGGGGGCAUUUCUCUGCAAAUAUUUUUGCCUUUUGCUUUGGAUGCAGAAGAUCAUGCAGGCCACCGAGGUGAUGCUGCUGAAUCAAGAGGACCUCAACAUUCAUGGAAAGGAUUAACACAGCAACAAAAGGAUGGUCUUGCUUUGGUUAAGAAAAUGAUGACUUCUCUUGACGAAGAUGGCUUAGAUGAGAUCUAUACAUUCAGUGAGUCACUGGAAAAAUUAACGCUUUUCAAGAAUAUUGAGAAGAAGCCCAUGGCCUGGCCAUGUCAGCUUACAAUUGGCAGCUCUCUUUCUAUUCGAAUUGUUGGAUACAAAGCAGUAACAGAAGAGAAAGUAAAGAAAACAUGGUCUAUGGUGGAAGCUCAGACGCUUCGUAAAGAGGAUGUGCGUAAAGAGACGGUCUACUGCCUUAAUGACGAUAAUGAAACUGAGAUCCAAAAAGACAACACCAUUCAAGGUUAUCGCUAUGGUAGUGACAUUGUCCCUUUCUCCAAAGUUGAUCAAGAGCAGAUGAAGUAUAAAGCAGAUGGAAAAUGUUUCUCUGUUCUAGGAUUCACAAAGGAAAGCCAGGUUUUGCGACACCAGUUCAUGGGUAACCAAGUGAUUAAAGUGUUUGCACCAAAGGAUGAUGAGCAUGCAGCCGUAGCACUCUCAGCACUGAUUCAUUCUUUGAAUGAGAUGGAGAUGGUAGCUAUUGUUCGCUAUGUUUAUGACAGAAGAUGCAAUCCUCAGGUUGGGGCAGCCUUCCCAUUUAUCAAGGAUAAAUAUGAGUGCCUGAUAUAUGUACAACUGCCAUAUAUGGAGGAUCUCAGGCUGUUUUCAUUUACCUCCCUUGAAAACAAUAAAAAAUAUACUCCGUCAGGUGAGCAGUUGGCUGCAGUGGAUUCUCUCAUUGAAUCAAUGAUGCUGGUGGUUGAUAAGGAUAAUUUUAAAGUCAGUACAAUCCCAAAUCCUCAGUUCCAAAGACUUUUUCAGUGUCUGCAUCACCGUGCUCUGAAUCCCACAGCUCCUUUACCAUCAAUGGAGCAGUCAUUGAGGACUGUUCUGGAUAGACCACAGGAAGUGACAGCCAGCUGUCUAGGCUCACUACAACAAGUUCAGCGGUGCUUUCCCUUGCAAGAGGCUGCACUGAAAAAAGAGCAAAAGACUGCACAGGACAUCUUUGGUGCCAGUAAAGAAGAACCAGAUGCGAAGAAACCCCAUCUUGAAGCAGGGGGAGAUUUCAACAUUAGUGAACUAUCUGAAGGCAGUGUAACUGCAGUGGGCAGUGUUGAUCCAGUUCGAGAUUUUCGCAUUAUAAUUCGUCAGAAAAACCUUCCUUUCAACAAUGCUUGCGAGCAGCUCAUUAACAGGAUUGACCAACUUCUUGGAACCAAAGGCACACAGUAUUAUAUAAAGAGUAUUGCAUGCCUUCAAGGCUUUAGAGAAGAAUCCAUUAAGGCUUCUCAAGUAGAGCUAUUCAAUAAUUAUCUUCAGACUCUCAAGAACAACAUUGAAGAAAGGGCUUUACAAGAUUUCUGGGAGCUCCUAGUUCAAGAUAAAGUAUCACUAAUUAGUAAAGCUGAAGUGGAAGGCAGUACAGUGUCAGUAAUGGAGUCAAACUCGUUCCUUACUGCUGAAGAGAAACAAAAUGACCAUACUGAAUCACCUAAAAAUGAUGGAGGAGAUGUUGAUGAUUUGCUGGAUAUGAUGUGAGAAGAAAUACAAGAAAUAAUAAUGGAAUAGACCUUAAAGAAAAAAAUAAAGAUCUAAUUUUUUUGGAAUAACUAAAUGUCUUGAUUGGAAUUUCCUGAUCUCUUAUACCUCUUUUAUAUGUUUAUUACUUUAUCUUUUUAAAGGUUUUCCUGAAUAAAUAUGUUGUUAAAUGGGAAUGUUCUUAUAUUUAGCUUUACAUUUAUUAUACUGUAAGUGUUCAGCAUGAAUGUUUGCAAAUUAAGUACCUGUAGAUUUGCAAAUCUGAAGUUAGGGGUAUUGCAGCUAUUUAAACGCCCAUUCCCAAAAAUGUUUGUUCUUAUAAUUCUGCAAGGUUACACUAAACAUUUUGUACUAAGGCAGUGCUUCCUCUUUUGCAGUGGACACCUCUGUAAGGAUAUAUUCAUGUUAAAUAGUUUUUAGGCAAAGCUACAAAAUGCUGAAUAAAUUAUUUUUUUGUAUGGUGAUGAAACUUUUG